AUGUAUCGUCAAAUUUUGGUUAAUCCGCUUCAUACGGACUACCAACGAGUUCUUUGGCGCAACACGCCUAACGAGCCUGUAAAGGACUUUCGAAUAAACCGAGUCGUGUACGGUCUUUCUUGUUCGCCUUACCUCGCAAUACGAUAUCUGCACCAAUUGGCGGUCGAGGAAGGGCAUAAAUAUCCCCUAGCUGCCAAAGCCCUUAAAAGGAACACCUACGUUGACGAUAUUGUCGUCUCUUGUUGUUCGAUCCAAACCGCUUUAGCUUUGCGCGAUGAACUCAUCGCAUUAUUAAACACGGGCGGUUUCGAGUUAAAGAAAUGGUCCAGAUUAGAAUGGGAUGCUCCAUCCGAUACCUUCCGAUUUAAAGUGAAGGCUUUUGAUUCCGGUUGCACGAAGCGACUCCUUUUGUCCAACUUAGCACGGAUAUUCGACCCCUUAGGCUUUCUAUCUCCCGUCACUCUCCUCACUAAGCAUAUCAUUCAAAAAAUUUGGUCUCAAAAAAUCGGUUGGGACGACAAACCCUCAACGAUGUGGUUCGUUGGUGGGAGAACCGUGUUAGCGGCUCGCUUGGUGUCAUUUGUGGCCACGGCUAUUAAGUCAUCCGAUAUCGAAGUUACAGAUAUUUUCUGUUACUCUGAUUCCACGGUUACUCUGGGUUGGUUGAGAUCUUCUCCGCACCGUUGGAAGACUUUCGUCAGUAACAGGGUGUCUUUUGUUCAGGAAAGAGUUAAUCCUUCCAGUUGGCAUUAUGUCUCAUCUAGAGAGAACCCCGCUGACCUUGGAUCCCGUGGUUAUUUACCUUCCGAGUUAGUGAACAGUUCUCUAUGGUGGGCGGGGCCAUCCUUUUUGCAUUGCAAUCCCAUUAUUUUAGAACGUGACCCCACCGACGUCCACGACCACGAAUUGGAGGCUCGCACCUUAAACCUCCAUACCACCCAAGCUUCCACAAAUUUUCUAGACACCAUGCUCGAGAACUCUUCAUCCUUAAACAAAUGUGUUCGGUCGCUGAGUUAUUUGGUACGUUACGUGCAUUACUUGCGUAAAUCGAAUAAAUUGGAAACCGGUUUUCUGACAUCCUUCGAGAGUUACAAUUCUCUGUUAAUUUUCGUAAGACGCUCGCAAGACCUAUUUUUUAGUCACGAACUCCGUCUUCUUAAGGAUGGUAAACCUCUUGCUAAAAAUUUCAGGAAACUAUCUCCAUUUCUUGACGAUGUUGGAACUUUGAGAGUGGGUGGACGAUUAAGCCAAGCAACCAUUUCCUACGAACGUAAAUUUCCUGCGUUACUUCCUAGCCAGUGCCGAUUAACUGAGAUGAUUAUCGAGUCGACUCAUGUACAGUAUUUACACGCCGGCAUCCAAACUGUCCAAAUUUCCCAGCGUUUCUGGAUUCUUUCUCCAAAACGAGCAAUCCGAAGGGUUUUGUCCAAAUGCGUCAAAUGCUUUCGAGUAAACCCCACGUCGCCUGUUCCUUUAAUGGGAAACUUAUCCAUAGCGCGCAUUUCCGAACUUAAGCCCUUCAGCACCGUCGGCGUCGAUUUCGCAGGACCUUUCCCAAUUUUAAUGUCCAGGAUUCGAAAGGCACCGAUCCUUAAAGCAUACCUAGCACUCUUUAUUUGUUUCUCCACCAAGGCUGUUCACCUGGAGCUAGUGUCAGAUCUGUCCACGAGCGCAUUCUUAGCUGCCUUUAAACGAUUUGUCAGCCGCCGCGGCAGAUGCGAUAACAUUCAUAGCGACAACGGCACAAACUUUUCUGGGGCAAGUAAAGAAUUAAACAGGCUGGCUGAAACCGCCGCCAAUCACCACUACAUUAAGUGGCACUUUAUUCCCCCCUCAUCUCCACACUUUGGAGGACUAUGGGAGUCCAACAUCAAAACGGUUAAGGGUCACAUAGCCCGUACGAUUGGGGAACAGGUAUUAACUUUUGAGGAACUCUACACUUUAUUCACCCAAGUUGAAGCGAUAAUGAAUUCGCGUCCGUUAUGCCCUCUAAGUGAGGAUCCGAACGACUUGAAUGUUUUAACGCCCGGGCACUUCCUCACAAUGGAGCCUUUGAACGCCCCUCCCGAGGACCUCGUGCAACACGUCCCAAUCGCCUUUCUCGUUGGCAGCUUCUCUCCAAAUUUCACCAACAGAUCUGGACUCGAUGGCAAGGGACACAACUUAAUCACGGGGCGUUUGAAAACGCCAGUGCUUGUCCGGACGGUAGCCACUCGGACGACACCAUCAGGUCCGGGAUGGACUUCGCUUAAACGAGCAAUUGUAAAGGAGACCAUCAAGUCCAGAUCUGUUGGUGAAAUUUGGAGAGAAGCUGCCAACGAGAAAGGCGAUUGGGACGUGUUGCACGAGGUCCUCGGGAGGGGCGUUCAAAGGCUCCAUUGUGAGGAAGUGCCCGGGCGUUAA